AUGGUACAAAAUGUAUUUUUAUUUGGGCCACAAGUGCUAUCACUAGAUGUGGAUGACAUCAAAACCCUGCGAGAUACACUUCAUUCAACACCAAGCAAUCGAUGGGCUCUCGACUGUCUAUCUGAGCUGCCAGACUUGUGGGAUGUCGUUACCAAAAAUGUCUCUCAACUAAAAACUUUCGAUGGCAAGCCAUUGCUGAAAAGGUUUGUGGACGAAUUCAAUGCUGGAAGCACAUCGCCGUCCACGUUCCUGCUUCCAGCCAACUUCAUGCAGGAAUCAGUUGCAGCUGGUCUAUGUACCGGGUUGCUAGGGGCGAUGACCGCGAGCCAUUCCGGUACCCUACAGAGCUUGGCGACGAACAGUGCCAAAACUGUGAGACAAGCCAUGGCAAUUGGGGGAAUGGUCGAUGCCGAAAUGGCAUCAAACGGUACAGGUGGGCGUGCAACGUCUUUCUCGGUAUCAUGGGAUUCGUUCCUCAAGGGGAAGAGUUACAUGUCCAUGUCCAUUGUGGCCGGUGACACGCUCAAGCUGAAUGAGAUGAUGGGACACUUGACGGAGAGGAGAGCCCAGAUAGCUCAGGAGCAAAAUGGUGCAAAGUAA